AUGGGAUCCAAUAAGUUAACAACGAUUGAUGAAACUGAAUGUUCAUCGUCAUCUCAAUCACCUGAAAAUUCAUUGUUACAACCAAGUCCAACUAAACCAACAAUUACAAAAACACAUUCGAAUAAAGGAAAACUUAUGCUAAUCGUUAAUGGUUAUAAUUUCCAAUUUAAAAAUUUUAAUAGAAAGAAAACGGUUAAAUUUUGGCGAUGUACAAACAGAAGUUGUAACGUAAUUUUGCAUACAAAUCCUGAUGAUACAUUUGUAAAAUUUUCCGGAACAAUUACUGAUCAUAAUCACUUACCAAACCCGGCUGAUUUGGAACUGCGAGAUUUGAAAAGAUCGAUGAGAACAAGAGCUACAACUGAAUUAGUACCUUUAAAACAUAUUGCCGAACAAGAAAUGCGUAAAGCUCUGUUAACCGGUGAAGCUCUUGCUGUUUUGCCUGGUGCGAAUGAUAUUGGUCAUACAUUAAAACAUCAUCGACGCAAAAUGACUCCUACAAUUCCAAAGUCAUCUUCAUUUUUUAUUCCGGAUUUAUACAAACAAAAUUAUAACAAUAAAGAACGACUUUUGCUGCAUGAUAGUGAUGAUUCCACACUGGAGCUCAAUGAAUUAGGAAGUGUAAGACCAGCAGGAAGAGUUUUAGUUUGGGCAUCCGAUGUUCAAUUAAAAUUAUUACUUGAUAGUGAACGAUUGUACAUGGAUGGAACUUUUACUACGUCACCGCCACACUUCGAUCAAGUUUUUAUUAUUAUGUCUAUUUUACAUGGUACAUGUGUGCCGGUGGUUUAUGCACUUCUUCCUGAUCGCAAAGCUAUUACAUAUAUUUAUUUAUUCAACGUUUUAUUUGCUUCAGCAAAACAGUUUAAUAAAAAACUUGAUCCGCAACUGAUCAUGACCGAUUUUGAACCAGCUGUAGAGAAAGCAAUUCGACUCGAAGUAUAUUUUUCUUCAAAGUUAUCAACAGUUUUUGAUUGA